AUGUAUAUAGUGGUCAAGAGAUGGCGCCGCAAUAAAUACUUUCUGAUUCUGAUCCCCUGGAUCCUGCUGCUCAUCAUCCUGACCGCCUCGGUCUGUGCAGGAACAUUAGUUGUCAAUGUGAAGCAGCCCAGCUAUCAGGCAGAGGUUGACGACAACAUCACUCUGGAAUGGACCUUCACAGCUAAAACCCAGAGAUCCUCCAACGAUCUCUCUAUCAUCUGUGAUCAGACGGUCAACCGGAGAGACUCAAAGAUCCUGUAUCACCUGCACAAGGGCAUCGAGGUCCAAAGGUCUCAGGAUCAACAGUUUUCAGGACGAGUCCAGUGUGAUGAAGACUUCCUCAGAGACGGACGCCUCAGACUUCAUGUGUCCAGAAUCAGGAGUGAGGACUCAGGCCAGUACGUGUGUGAAGUCAACAGGGAUCAUGAUGGAAAAUAUGGGAAAUGUCAACUCGUCGUCAUCAAGCCCGCUGAUCUGCCCAAACCCCAGAGACAAGACGUGACUUCACAACCAGAGGGAGAGAUGGGACUGAGCAUCCCUCUGUUAGUGGCUGCACCUGUUCUAGUUCUAGUUCUCACAGCAGCUGGGAUUACAGCAGCUCUACUGGUCAAACGCCGCUCUGCUUCUAAAACAUCUGUUAAUAAGACAGAAGAGCUCCUAGCGAGAGAAAAGCUCGGUCACCCAGAGUGUGGACUUCUCUCUGACUCUACGUCUCUUCACCCUGUUGCUCCGUGAUCCUGCUCAGGCCUCCUCCCACAAUGGGUUGGAUAAAACCAGUAGAAGGGUCCGAAUCAACAGGAGAGUUCAGACUCAUAGUAGCAGCUGGGAGAACCACAGGGUGACCGAUGAAUUAACUAACUUAAAUCUUUAAGGAAGAAAUAAACAUUAACACUACAGUGAUAACUAAAUCAAAAACAAUAUGAAGGCUACAUAAUAUAAUAAAUAUAAUAAUAUAUAGUAAUAUAAUAAAUAGUGUAAUAAAAUCUAUCAUUUUCAACAGCAGGAUUUCGUGAAAGGAUGAAAACAGCCAAAGUGAUUUCACUUUAUAAACCUGCAGAUAAACCACAGACCAGUAUCCUUGCUUCCACAAUUAAAACAAAUACUACAGAAAAUAUUUACCCAGGUUUGACCAAUUCAUAGAUGGAUACAUUAUUUUAACUAGUAGUCAAUAUAGUAACUGGUGAUAAAAUGUAUUUGCUGUAAAUAAAAGUGGGAGUGUCCGCGGCGCAGAGAGCAGCGUUCCCUGAAAUCUACAACAACCAAUUACGGAGCAGCCUGAGGUCACGUGGUUGUCAAAAGUAUCAGGACCCAAAUUCACUUUGGUUCAGCCGGCGUCCUGCACCUGGUAAUCUGUACGUACAGAAACUAACCAAAUACAAUAUGAAACUUAUGUUAAAGGCUCACAUGUUCUUACUGUCUA